ACUAUCUGGCCUCUUCCUCUGAGCUCUCUUCUAUCUUAUUAUAUUACAUUACGCAUUUGCAUGUCAGACACCUGGCCGCCAUGAAAACACAAGCUGAAUUUCCGCUCUUCUCAAGACUCCCCGCAGAGCUCCGCAACCAGAUAUGGCAGGACGCCUUGCCGGACAAAAUUGGACAACUACUGUACUUCUACAAAAAAGGGUGCUGGUGUCCUCGACGCGUUGUAGAGGGUGAACAGGGCUACGACCCUGACAACGACGAGCUUAAUCUGGCUUUUGAGUUCCGCCAUGAGUUGUUAGACCCUGUCAAAAUCGAUGUUCCGGGCUACUUUGUCAGCCGCGAAUCCCACAGUAUUUCCUCAGCCUGGGUUCGUGGGCAGGGCCUUAAGUUAUUCUCCCGCAAGGAUGAACUUAUCUUCGUGCGCCCAUUUCAUCCAUUGCUGGACACCUUAUAUGUCCCGCUGGAAAAAUGGGACGACUUCAUUAGCGAACCUUAUGAUCGAACAUUCCAACCGGAUCUUCUUUACCGAGCUCUUAAUUGUCCUGGGAUAUACUUUACCCGCAUUGCAAUACCAAGGGCCCUUCUAGAGAAAAACCGAGAUCCAGACCCACUGCCCGCUUUCUUUGAUUGGUAUGAGCGUUUUAAUAGACUGUUCAUUGUCAUCAACCCGCUGCCAGAGCUACAGCCUGAUAAUAACGACACGGGGGUUCAGCAGCAGCGGUGGGAGCUUGAGGACAUGCAGGGGCCCAUGUAUUUUUGGAACGGUGCGAGCUUUGAAUGGCAGGAUGGCCACUGUGCGGGAGACAACGCCCUGUAUAAGCGGAUGGAGGAGACUAGCAAUAUGUUAAUCGAAACACUCGGCCGGACCAGAAAAGAUUGUUUUGAGGUCCGGUGUGCUGUUGCAGUGGCGAAAUGAGCUUAUCAAUGUGGUGAAGCAUCAUAGAAAUGUAUUUAGCAAAUUGGUCCAUAUAGACCUAUACUGUGCGAAUAUUAUCGUCUCGUUGAGCGCUUUGGAUACGCGAACGGGAUGCUUGCUAUCUGCAACUACGCUGGCACACGAGCCAUCAC